AUGGUGAAGAAGCUCUCCAUGUUAAUGCCAGCACUUAUCAGCCUUAGCAAGGCCAGGGAAUUUCCCGUUGAUUGUCACAAUCUCUCUGGUCUGGCACAGCUUGAAGAGACGGGGAGAUAUGAGAGUGAAAGGAUUCUCUACCAAACUUGUGUUGCCGUGUACAAGAUCCGAAAUGGGUUAUUUUCUGAUUUUCUUGAUAUCUACUCUGCAUCAUCGCUGAGCCCGGAAGGUUCUCCAAGUCCAGUGGCAGCUGAUAGUCCCAACCGGCGAUGA